CACGGAUGGGAGGAGGAGGAGGGCGGGUCUAGCUGAGUCAUGUUUAUUUACAACUGUACAUUUGACAUGUCAAUAUUGAAACAGAAAGGGCUUUCGUUCCCACAGAAUCGGCAUUUGUUUUUCAGAGAAACUGUGAUGAAUCUCUUCAUUUUCCUCCUAGUGUGGGUUUUCCAGCUUGGUAUGUCCGGUGUUGACAAAGACAGAGUGUCAGUGUCAGUGAUGGAAGGAGAUUCAGUCACUCUGAACACAAAUGUUAAAACAAACCAACAAGAAAAGAUUAAAUGGUUUUUCAAUCACACUUGUAUAGCUCAAAUCAGUGAUUAUCUUAGUAAGACCUGUACAGAUGUUCAGUGUAAUGAAGGCACUGAGAGAUUCAGAGACAGACUGAAGCUGGAUCAUCAGACUGGAUCUCUGACCAUCACAAUAAUCAUAUCCACAGACUCCGGACUGUAUAAACUACAGAUCAUCAGCAGCAACAGCAUCAGUGAAAAGAUCUUUAUUAUCACUGUCUAUGAUGUUCCUGCUGCUGAGCGUGAUGCAAUGAAGAGAAAGUCAGUGAAGGAAGGUGAAUCUGUCACUUUUGAUCCUGGUGUAAUAUACAAAGCGAGGGGUUUGAUGAGAUGGUAUUUUAAUGACACUCUCAUCGCUGAAAUCACUGGAGAUCAGAGUAAGAUCUGUACAGAUGUUCAGUGUGAUGAGAGAUUCAGAGACAGACUGAAGCUGGACAAUCAGACUGGAUCUCUGACCAUCACAAACACCAGAAACACAGACUCUGGAGAAUAUAAUCUUGAGAUCAUCACCAACAGCAACAGCAUCCGCCGUCAGCACAGCAUCAGCAUUAUCAGUGAAAAGAGCCAAGAUUGGAUUGUGUAUUUAUGUAUAGGAGGAUUAUGUGUUGGUGUUCUGCUGGUGAUUGCAGGUGUAACUGAAUGUCGGAUCAGCAUGCAGAAGAUCCCAACUGCGACUAAAAUCAACAGAGAUCCAGUAGAGAUCAACACUAUCAGAGAGAAUGGAGGAGCUGAAGGAGAGGAAAGGAGAGACAGUUCCUGCUCUUCUUCUGUGGUCAGAGUUGAAGGUUUUGUUGGAGGCUCUGCUGUCUUUACUUGUUCUAUCCCUGAAAGUGAGAUUAAGGACAAUAUAAAAAAAUUCAACCUACAUGUGAGAGACAUUGAAGGCAAGACUGUGUGUGACAUAAUUGGGGGCGACAGAACAUGUCAAGGUCAAGCUCCAGAGUACAAGGCCAGAACUGAAAUAUUACCCAAUGCUCAAAAGGAGGGUAACUUCACCAUCAAACUCAACUGGCUUAAAAAAAACGAUGCCAGGAAGUACACCUGCAUCUUCACAGGGCCAUUUCAAAAUGAAAUUUACUUAGAGCUUGAUGUCAAAGAUUGUCACGGUGCACACAAGAACAAGAUGUUGUUUCACUUCCUAUUACAGGCUCCGCCCUCGAUGCACGAUCGUUUUUUGUUUACAUUUGAGAUUGUCAACAUUGAAACGGCACAGACAAUUUUGUUUCUACAGCAUUCGUUUUUCAGAGAAACUGUGAUGAAUCUUUUUAUUUUCGUCCCAGUGUGUGUUUUCCAGCUUGGUGUGUCUGGUGUUGAUACAGACAGAGUCUCAGUGAUGGAGGGAGAUUCAGUCACUCUAAACACUGGUGUUCAAACAAACCAACAAGAAAAGAUUAAAUGGUUUUUCAAUCACACUCGUAUAGCUCAAAUCACUGAAAUCGCUGGAGAUCAGAGUAAGAUCUGUACAGAUGUUCAGUGUGAUGAGAGAUUCAGAGACAGACUGAAGCUGGAUCAUCAGACUGGAUCUCUGACCAUCAAAAACACCAGAACCACAGACUCUGGAGAUUAUCAUCUUGACAUUAUCAGCAACAGCAGCAGCAUCCGCCGUCAGCACAGCAUCAGAAUUAUCAGUGAAAACGAGCCUUACAGCAACCACAGCCUCCCAGACACUGUUCAGAGAGGUGUACUGUUUUCCCUCCUUGUAAAUCGCACAUUUGAUGAUGGACCACAGGUUCUCAAUGGGGUUCAGAUCAGACUUCUUCCUGUACCACUGCUUGAAGAAGGUGUCUUCCAGAAACUGGCAGUAGGACUGGGAGUUGAGCUUGACUCCAUCCUCAACCCGAAAAGGCCCCACAAGCUCAUCUUUGAUGAUACCAGCCCAAACCAGUACUCCACCUCCACCUUGCUGGCGUCUGAGUCGGACUGGAGCUCUCUGCCCUUUACCAAUCCAGCCACGGGCCCAUCCAUCUGGCCCAUCAAGACUCACUCUCAUUUCAUCAUUUGUUCCUCAGGUUUGCUCGGUGUUGAUACAGACGGAGUGUCAGUGUCAGUGAUGGAGGGAGAUUCAGUCACUCUAAACACUGGUGUUCAAACAAACCAACAAGACAGAAUUAAAUGGUAUUUCAACAACACUCGCAUCGCUAAAAUCACUGGAGAUUAAUGAUGUUACGUAUGA